UGGGUGCGUGUUUGAGGCCGCAUUCUAUAAUUAUUAUAAACAAAAUCUGGAGGAAGGUAUGUACUUAGUGUAUGUCUUUGCAGAGGGUGAGCCAGUGAAAAUGCCUCCAGAGAUGGAGGGAGUGGUCGCUAAUUACCCUGAUCUAUUUGAAGAGCCGAGAGGGGUUGUUGAGAUGGAGGUCGUCCAUGCGAUAGAGAUUAUCCCAGGGUCUAAUAUUCCGAAGGGUAAGAUCUAUGAGAUGCCUUCAGCGGAGCCUGGUGAGCUUCACCGACAGCUGAAGGAUCUCAUAGAGAAGGGUUGGAUCCGGCCUAGUAUCUCCCCUUAUGAAUUUCUUGUCUUGUUUGUACCAAAGAAGGGGGGAACGUUGAGGAUGUGCAUUGACUAUAGGGGCGUCAAUGCCAUCACUGUGAAAAACGCAGAGCCCCUACCAUACAUCGAUGACUUAUUGGACCGAGUACAAGGGUGUCGGUACUUCAGUAAGAUACAUCUGAAGCCUAGUCUGGAUACCAUCAGAUUGCAAUCCGGCCCAAGGACCAACACAAAACCGCUUUUUGGACCAGCUGACACAGGUGCAGGGAAGGUUGAGGUCGUGAUYAAGGCUGAAGGGGAACCCUCAGCCAUAACACCACCUCCCCCUCCUCCGACCCCUGUGCAGCGGCGCAAGAGAGAGAUCCAGGAAAAGCUGCGAGAGCAACAGACUCUGCUCGCAGAAGCCGAGAGACAGGAGGCUGCUGAACUAGAAGCUGCAACAGAUGCUUCCAGAAAAGAACAUCUGCUGCAGCAGGCCCAGAAAACUGUUGCAGAUACUAGAGUGGCCCAGUGUACAAGGGACCUGGCUGAGCUGGUCCUCCUGCAGGACAAGCUGACCGCCGGCCACUUUACAAACUGGGAUGAGAGGAUCCAGAGGCUGGAGACCAGAGUGGCGGAUCUGGGAACUCAGCAGUCAAAGAUCCUGGAUGCUAUCCAGAAUCUGACUGCUCAGUUAACAACAGCCAAUGUCGUCACGCCGGUCACAAAGACAGGAGAUCAUUUGGACGUGCAUUACUGGACAUGGAAGCUAAGCUUCAUGUCCAGGCCCCCUCCAGUGACAGGAGGAGAGGCGCCUUCCCUCGUGGUGGUAGAAAGGGAAAGGCGGCCUUUGCAUAUGCGGGGUCUGGGUCAGCCUCUGACACAGGUCCGCAUAGGGGACUCCACUGUUCUGACCAUCAGGGAGAAGGUCAGGGGCAUCCCUGUUACCUUCGACAGCGCGGGAGAAGUCAGACACGGUCUGAACUUCUACAUCUUCCCUGACCUACCCUUUGACCUUGUGUUCUCUAUGCAGUGGCUGAGAGCAGUCAACCCAAGGAUCGACUGGCAGAUCCCCAAGGUUGAACUGCCAAACAGCAAAGGGGUGUAUCAGCCUUGCAUGAUCGCAGUUGAUCAUCACCCUCAGACUUCCUGCUUCUGCUUGAGAGCGAGAGAGUUUUAUGCUCUCUCUCGCCAAUAUGAUCAUGAGCAUAUGUUCAUCGCUCUGGUCAAGCAGACAGACGUUCCCUCUACUCCCUGUCCUCCUGAGAUACAGCAGGUUGUGGACCAGUAUGCUGAUCUGAUGCAAGAGCCCUUUGGGUUACCCAACCGGCCAACCAAGCAUCAUAUUGAGUUGUUGCCUGGGGUGGUCCCUCCCAAGGGCCGCAUCUAUAGGAUGUCACCUGCUGAGCUUGAGGAGCUCAGGCGACAGCUUGAGACCCUGACCAGCAAGGGCUGGAUCAGGCCCAACACUUCUGAAUUCGGUGCYCSAGUCCUCUUUGUUCCAAARGGGAGUGGYGAGUUCRGAAUGUGCAUMRACUACAGGGGUCUCAAYAAGAUCACUAGGAAGAGYACAGAGCCACUUCCUAGGAUCGAUGACCUACUGGAUAUGGUCCAGGGCUGCACCAUUUUCAGCAAAGUCGACCUCAAAUCUGGCUACCACCAGAUUGAGAUGGCAGAGGAGGACAUCCACAAGACGGCCUUCAAAACCAGGUAUGGUACUUAUGAGUACCUGGUGAUGCCAUUUGGACUUUGCAAUGCACCUGGCACAUUCCAGACUGAGAUGCACCGCAUCUUUAAGCUGUACCUGGAUGAGUUCAUGGUUGUUUACCUGGAUGAUAUCCUGGUAUUCAGCAGGACUGCCAGGGAACAUGCCGAGCACUUGGCUCUAAUUCUGCAGGCAUUACGUGACAGCCAGUAUAAGAUCAACAGGGAGAAGUCCUCUUUUGGAGUUCCCUCUGUUAUCUAUCUGGGUCAUGUGAUUUCUGGAGAUGGGCUGGCCCCUGAAGCAGCCAAAGUUGCUGCUAUUCAGGAUUGGCUACAGCCCCAGACAGUCCUGUUCCAGUUGCUACGCCCUGUGAUCUCUCCUGAUCAGCAGGAUUGGGAUCUCCACUUGGCGAGGGCACAUCUCAUGUAUAACAUGUCUGUCCACUCCUCGACAGGGUUCAGUCCCUACCGGUUACAUUGGGGACGUGAACCGCAACAGCCUCUCGAUGACAUCAUCGAUAAGGCUAAGCCUGACCUUACCCCAGGCAGUGCGGAGCUCGCCAGACGCUAUCGUCUGGAUGUGGAGAGAGCCCGGGCGAACUUGUUCAAGGCCCAAAAGGCCAUGAUUGAACAAGCUAACCGCCACAGGCGGCCUUCCCCCAUCCUUACUGAUGACUAUGUCUGGGUGGCCAGUUUUGAGUUGUCGAGGGAGGAGGAUAUUUCCCCCAAGCUGCUGCCGCGCUACCUGGGUCCGUGGCAGGUUCUAGAUACAGUGGGCGCUGAUCCCUUCGGUCCGUCGUACGUCAUCGACGUCCUGCUGCAUCUACGAACCUAUCCGGUCUUCCAUGCAUCCAAGCUGCUGCCUUUCAUGCCAGCUGAUGCAUUCCCUGACCGGCCUCCUCAAUGGGGCCCACCAAUCCCUGGUAAGGGAUAUGAUGUGGUAGCCAUUGAGGAUGAGUGGGGCAUUGGCCCCGACCGGCAGUAUCUUGCCAGGUUUGCGUUUCAGCCCCCUUCUGAGAACCGGUGGUUCUACAGAAGAGACCUGAUCAAGACAACAAAGGUCACGGUCGCUGAUGAUGUUCUCGGGGAGAUCGUGAUGGCAUUCGACAUGGUCGAAGAAGAGAAUGGCGACGUCCUUGGUGUUAUGCGAUGUGGUGCAACGGAUGAAAUGGGCGCGUUUAGUCAAGCGGCAAAUGAUGACAUAGAUGCAAUCAUGUUCGCGGUCGGUCUUGGGGAGACCGCAAACGAAGUCCAUGGAGAUGGACUGCCACCGGUGGGUGGGGAUCGGGAGAGGGCAUCGGCAACACGGUUGCUUUUGACGGGUGUAUGGCAAAUGGUGAAGGUUAACUUGGUAUGGGCGUCAGACUUUGAGGGCAUGGAUCACGACGAGGAGCUCGUUCUCGUUGGAGGGGUAAUUUAUUUCCGCGGGAAGGAGUUUCUUGCUAGCGAAGGCGAUGGGGUAUUCGUUGAGUGGGGCCUCGGGGUGGGUAGGGGAUUCCUUGAUGGAGGGAGUUUCGGUGGUGUCACGAGGAAAAUGCUGGGACAGGACGGUUCCAAUGGCGAAGUCGAAGGCGUUGGUGGUGAUGAAGAAAUGGCGAGUGUGGUCGGCAAUCUCAAGGACGGGGGCGGUAGUGACGAGUUGUUUGAUGGCAUCGAAGGCGUUUUGGCAACGGUCGUUCCAAGUGAAGGGUUCGUCCUUGCGGGUGACUUCGUGGAGGGGGUACGAGAUGUCGGAGAAGUUGCGGAUAAAGGGGCGAUAUUAAUUGGAAUGUUGCGGGGCACUCGUGAUUCCAAAGGGCAUCACGAGGUAUUUGUAGUUCCCGCAUCGGGAAUGGAAGGUGGUAUUGAGGGUAUCCUCCUCGCGGAUGCGGAUCUGGUGGAAGCCACUGUGGAGGUCGAUCUUGGUAAAAUACUUGGCUCCACGGAGUUGAUCGAGAAGCUCGGAGAUCAGAGGAAGGGGGUACUUGUUCUUGAUCGUGAUCCGGUUAAAGGCGCGGUAGUCUGUGCACAUCCGAAAGGAGGAGGGUACGGUCAUGGUGACGACCGUGAUGGCGGGGGAGUUUCCCUCAAUUGUGGCUCGCCUGCGAGGUUGCGGGCGAUGCUGUUGACGGAGUCGGUGCGGAUGCCGAACAUAUCAAUGCUGGAUGAUUGGGCCAUGGUUGGGGACGAAGCGGUGGUAGAGGCGGCUGAGCGGCAGCAGCGGUGGCGUCAGCGGCUGUUGAGAGUUCCUGGUUGUGUGUGUCAUGCCCAGGGGGGAGUGCCUAUUUACAAGGGGCGGGUAACGCCAAUUGAUUUAGCGAUGAAGCCCAUGCAAUGUACGCUACUCGAGUACCCGGCAGCUAGUAAGAAUGCUAGAGAAAAGCUUUUGAGUAUCACCAAGAAGGUGAGAGUUCCGGUGGCCCAAGGGCCAAUCGUCUUGGGUAAUGUGGUAACCAAGGAGGGCGUUCAAUCCGGGACGGCACAGUCCUCCAGGAUCACAAUGGAGAGUCUGUCGGGGACGGCACAGUCCUCGAGGAUCACAAUGGAGAGUCUGCGGGUGAGUUGCUUCUCGGAGGAAGAGGUAAAGAGGAUUGUGGAUGCUCAAGAUGAGCGUAACCGCACUAGCAUCCCGAAGACAGGAGGUGGUCGAUCUAGGAUGUGCCAAGUCCGCCUAGCUGAGACCCUUUUUUCCAAAAGAAUGUCUUCGGAGGACAAAGUGGAAGUCGAAGAGAUCGGGGAUCGUAUUGUGAUCAACGAAGUAGGAUACGCGAAGGAGUGCGAGGAUGAGGAGUUUGGGGGAUAUAUUGUCUUUUUUGGAGGAAUCCCUCUAGCCGGCGGAGGUAGAAAACAUAAAACUGUGGUAGAGAAAGCAAAACCCGCCGCGGUAAGCCGGGACAAAACAGGGGAAGCGACGAUUUCCGAGGAAGAGAUAGCCGAGAUCAUCAAGAGGCGAAAGGAGAAGGAGGGGCAAAGAAUCAUUGCCCAAUGGGUGGAGAGGAUGGACAUAGGAGACAGGAACCUCACGAAGCGGGAAAAGGAGCACGUGAUAACUACCUUAAGGGGCUGCGACAAGGCUACAACCUUUGAUGACUCAGAGCGGGGAAGGAUAGACCCAAGAUAUGCCAAACCCGCAAAAAUUCAUACCAUCCCUUACGUGUCAUGGAAAGAUAGACCCCCGUGGAAGUAUGCGCAGAAAGAGGAGGAAAUAGUUGCCUUCAUAAAAGAGAAAAUCAGGACGUUCGUGGCCGAGCCAUGCGAAAGUGCCUAUGUGAACAAAUGUUUUUUUAUCCGGAAGGGAGAUAGCAACAAGCUUAGAUGGAUCCAAGAUCUUCAAAGAAAAAAUGUCGUCACCAUCCGAGACGUCGGAUCCAUACCCGAGGCGAAUCUCCUGUCGGAAGGAGCGGCGGGGCGAUCCAUCUACUCCAUCUGUGACCUUUUUUCGGGGUAUGAUGAGAUCCCCCUUGAUUAUCGUGAUAGACACAUGACGGCUAUGCACACUCCGUUAGGUCUAGUACAAAUGAUGGUUGUGCCAAUGGGAUGGACCAAUGGAGUCGCCGUUUUCCAAAGGGCGAUGAUCGCAGUCCUCAAGGAAUUCAUCCCGGAGAAAGUGGAAGUUUUCUUGGACGACAUUCCGAUCAAAGGGCCGGUAUGGAAGGACGAAACAGAGGUAUUUCCGGGGGUGAGAAAAUUUGUGGUGGAUCACAUGGCAGACAUGGAGGCGGUCCUCGGGAAGUUAGACGACGUGAACCUUACCGUCAGUGGGACUAAGAGCCGGUGGGCGGUCUCCUCUAUCAGGAUAUUGGUGCAAUCAGACUCGCUUUCAUUUACAUGCAUGCAAACAGUAGCGCAGCAAACUGGUGACAUGCGCCCACUCAAUACUAAGAGAUAUGGCAACCAGAUACGAGUUCACUUCCAAUGGCUAUGAAGAUAUAACGCCCAUACAACUCUCUGUUCGCAUACAGUGGAUCACCCUGGAUAUCCCACACGCGUCUCUCUGAACACUCACACACACACACACUGAACACCAACUAUAGCUAUGGCGGCUAUGGCCGCCUCUACCCUGCCGCUAUGGCUAAGCUUCGUCUCUCUGCCCACGUCGUCUUCGAGCUCACUGCAGACCUCCUUGCACAAGUCGUUGUGCAGCGCUUCCGCAUGGCUCACGCAGGAAUGAAUCAAUGGUUGGGCG